CCAGUCAAUUAAUGGCGACCUCGGUCAUUAUUCUUACUUUCUUUAUUUUCAUGCACGUCUCAUACUGAAGAUUGUGACAGGAUAACGAGCGUAUUAUGUGAGGACGAUUUUUACCUGUAAUGUCAUAACAUAUUGAAUUGCGUCAUUAAACAAGUGUGACUAUGUCUCAAAAGAGGGGUCUAGGUUUCAACAAGUUCACAGGGCAGCGUGCAGCAGGACUUGGGUUUCAAGAUGAACCACCAACCAAAAACACAAACAAAGGUCGCAGUACCAGUUCCCAGGGUUACUCUGGUGGUGUUGGCUAUUCCAUCACAACAUACCGGGACAAGAUGUCACAGAUGAACGAUCAGGAGAGAAUUAUUGAAGAGAAGAAGCGGCAGAUUGAAGCCAAACUAGCUGCUGACCUGAGGCAGAAAGAGAAGGAGGUAGUUGCUCCUCCCCCAAGACCAGUAAAACAGUCAUCCAUUAAAAUGCCAGAUCGCUUUAAAAAAAGUAGUUCAUCAGCAUCAAAUACAGAACCAGCAAAACCGAACCUUCUAGUCAACGAUGGUAACUUCUUGGAGAGAUUUAAGCAAAUGCAGCAAGGAAAAGCAGUUACACCAGCAGCCACAGACAAGAAGAAAGAUGACUCCUCAAGUGACUCCAGCAAGCGUUGGUUCCAGGGCUCUAGUAACCCCAAAACCUGGAACCCGGCAGAAAACAGGACAAAAACACAGGACAAACCAAAAGCUGAUGAUCGUCAGAGAGAGCGAGAUCGGUACCACCAUGAGUCGAGGUUGAAAGAGGAGCGGAAGAAAUCUCCAGUACGCGAGUCACCCAUGCAGAAACAGUUUCGUGAGAGAUGGGAGGCUCAGACAGGCAGGGCAGAACGCAAAGAUGCCUACAGGGAUGAUGCUGAAGAUCGCGGGUUUAUGAGGUCAGACAGGGAUCGGGGUGAGCGACGGGGCUGGAACCGGAGUCGCUCCCCUUCCCCCAAAAAGUCCCUGCUACUACCGGAGGACGACCCCUCCACACUCGCCCUGCAGGUACAGGCUACUCUUGAAAGUGCCAUCUUACAACAGACUGUCACCGAGGCCAUCGGCAUGCUAAAGGCAGCACAGACCUUGGCAGGGGCUCAGUUAGGCCCUCCAGAACAGCCAGGACUGGGACAGCCUCAGCUUAUGCAAAUUCCAGGACCUCAGCCAAUUCAGCAUAUGAUCCUGCAGCCCCAGGGUCCACCAGGCCAGCCUGGGGUUCCAGGGGAGGUCAUCCAAGUCCAACAGCUAGCCCCGGGACAGCCACCACCUCCUGGAUCUGUCCAGGUCAUACAGCAGUCUAUUCAUCAACUACUGCCCCCAGCCUCCCAGCAAAUCUUAGUGGCACAAGCCCAACCCCCUGCUAUGCAGCAGACUCAGAUUCCUCUGGGCCAACAUCCACCUGGGGGGCCAUUUUCCACCCCGCCUCCCAGUGUGCAGCAACAGCUAGUGAUGACUGGUCCACCAAUACAGACAAUGCAAAAUGUGCAGAUUCAGCAAGGCCCCCCUCGAAUGGCACAGUCUCCCCAGCCCCAUAUUGGACUGGUUCCUACACCCCCUCCAGCAUCACAUGUACAACUUAUAAACCAGCCUCCUGGCAGCAUAAUGUCCCUGGCACCUAUGUCAAUUGCGCCUCCACCCCAGUUUUCCCAGUCAAUGCCAGCAUCCUCAGUUGUGUUUACCCCAGGCCCACCACAGCCCAUGAGUAUGGCUCCACCUGGGGUGGUCCAUCUGCAGUCUACAGCAUCAGUGGCUGUUCCAAUGAGUAUGGCACCUCCUUCAAUAUCUCCUGGUCCUCCUUCUCAACCUCAGAUGGCACCAAACCAACCAGUGGUUAUACAGCAACAGUUCAAUGUUCCCCCUCCAGAGACGAUCACAAUACAAGCAGGGCUUCCACAGGGACCUCCACGGCUUAUUGACAUCUCCCAGCCUCCUCCUCAACCCCUUCCCCCACAAAACCAACAGUUUCCAACAAGCAGUCAGGCUCCACCUUUUAUGAGUCAGGCUCCUGUCAGUUUGACUCCUCCCCCUCCAUUUGUGAGUCAGGCCCCUCUUGGCCACCCUUUACCGUUUGCAAGCCAGGCUCCUCCCUAUACCAGCCAGGCCCCACCUUUAUAUGCCAGUCAGGCGCCAAUGACCCAGAGUCAAGCUCCAAUCCUUAGUUAUUCUCCCCAAAUGCUAAACACCCGCCCAAUAAUGACCCAGCCACCUCCUAACAUGGGUCAGCCACCACCACCCAAUGUUAUUCAGCCACCACAGACACAUGCUCAGCCAAUGGCUAACAUGUUACAGCCUCCCCCAAACAUGGCCCAGCCUCCCCCUGGCCCACGGGGCCCUCAGUUUAAUGCCCCUCCCCCAGGAUUCCUGAAGCAGGAGCCUGUAGACCACCAGGAGGAGUACACGACGGUGAUGGGAAAGUAUGGGCCAGUGCUUGUGAAGAAGUCAGAAAUCCAGCUGGAGCCCCAUGAGUAUGGCACCCCUGCCAGAGGAAACGAGUUCAGGCCUGUGGUAAAGAAAGAGAUCAAGACUGAGGAUGAUUAUGAUCCUGCUAUGCCCACAGAGGGAGAUUCACCAGCCAAGGAAAUGGGCCUAGGAGAAAAGAAAAGCUUCAAAAUGGAACAGCCUAAAGAAUUCAGAUGUGCAGUCAAUGCAGUUUCUCUCCCAGAGAACCCAGCCGCCCAGGGGAUGAUUGACAGCAUGGCCCGGUACGCUGCCGCUGGCGGGGACGAGGCAGUUAACAAACUCCGGGAAGACGCCAAUGUGGACUCAAACCUGUGGUUUAUGUCACAUGAGGACAGUCCAGAAUUUCGGUAUUUCAUGGCAAAAUUAAACGAGUUUAGAGGUGGAGUCCCUCAUGGUGCCAUUAAGCAAGAAAAUGGUGCUGCAGGCUCCUCUGCUGCCAAGAAGAGAAAAAGAAAGAGCAGAUGGGGCCCAGAAGAGGAAAAAGUGGAGCCCGCAUCCAACCUGACCCACAUGGUGACCCUGCAGGAGUUUUCCCAGCGCAUGGUUGGCAGUGACACGAUGGAUACCGACCAACUACAGCAGAUUAAAGAGCAAAAGGAGUUGAACAUGAUGUACGAGCUGAUCGUGGCCCGUAAGAAGGCCCAUGAGGCUGCGUUAAUGUCGGAGGUGCCGGGGAUCAAGGUGAAACCGAAAUACGAGUAUGAUAGUGACGAGGAAACAGACGAACACGGCACAUGGGAGCACAAGAACCGUAUGCAGGAGAUGAUGGCUACCAGGGAUUGGGCAGAGGCAUUGACAGAUUCAGGUCGGGGAAAGCACCACAUCGGGGACUUCAUGCCACCCGAGGAGUUGGAGCGCUUCAUGGAGACAUUUGCUGCUCUGAAGGAGGGCCGCACACCUGACUACAGCGAUUACAAGGAAUUUAAAAUCACAUGCGACAACAUCGGCUUCCAGAUGCUGCAGAAGCUUGGCUGGAACGAGGGGGAGGGCCUCGGGUCUGAGGCUCAGGGCAUUACUCAACCCGUCAACAAGGGCAAUGUAUCUGUGGAUGGGCGGGGAGUUGGGCUAGAGCGACCAGAUGGGCUCACCAAGGAUGAUGAUGAGUUUGACGCCUAUAGGAAGAGGAUGAUGCUCGCCUACAGGUUUAGGCCUAACCCUCUGAACAAUCCAAGACGAGCCUAUUAUUGAACUACCAAGUCAAAGGAUAUGUUUAAAAUUAUAAUAUUUGCUGUGUUUACAGUUAUACAUGUGAUCAUCCAUGUCAGCCAGUGGCUAAAGUGUUGUUGAUUCUUCAUUUAUGAAGACACUCCGUAUAUUUUAAUUAAUUUCUACACUUCGAUGUUCUUUGUAUUAUGCAAUGUUUAAUAUGAACUUCACCAAAUCCUUUCUGCUUGUCAACCAUUUAAUAAAUUGCCCUCAAUUUAUGAACUGUGCUAUGUAAAGUAUGUGUGCAGAGAAUGGCUAAAUUAUGUGACACUGCAUUGUAAAUUAUUUUUGCUUUCAAAUAAACUGAGUGUUUAAAACAUAAGAACAUGAGUUUACAUUUAUGUUCAUUUAUAUAAUAUGGUUUGUUUAUUGGGUCCUGGCUUGUGCAUAAGUUCUGUAAAUAUUCUGUGGGUAUUUACUUGAUUGCCAAACACUCUAUAAAGUGCUAGCACAGGCUACUGCUAUAGAAAUCAACAAACCUUGACCAAGGCUGUAUGGUAAUUAUAAUACCAGAUAUUAUUGUGUUAUAUGGAGUUCUUAAAGAAUUCCAUCCACACUCAUUCUACUUGAUAUACACAUUUAUUAUCAAUAUUGACUGUUGUGCUCAUGUCAUUUCUGUCACAUAUAAAUGUCAUUUCUGUCACAUAUAAACUAGGGAAGGGGGGACAAGCGUUUAUGGUCCUUGACUGAAUAAUCAAUGAUAUGAAAACAUCUUUUGCAUGUAGCCCCAAAAGUAUUGCACAUACACUCAUGAAACUUCAUAGGUAUGUUGGUCAUCAUGGACUCGUGUGCACCGGCUAUAUCUGUCGCAUUUCACUCUGGUUAUCAAUUAUAAUGGCACUUAAUAAAAUAUGGUCUAAAAUCUGGUGGUGCAUCAUGCAUGUAACUCCAAAAGAAUUGCACCUACAGUUAUGAAAUUUCAUUGGAAUGUUGGUAAAUAUGGAAAAAUAUGCACCUUUUAUUUCUCUUAACAGUUUUGCUAUGUCUAAUGAAAAUUAUGGCCCUUGAAUUAGAAUAAAACUUUCUGAAAA